AGGUGAGUUUCUGUGUUCCUUAUUCCUCCAUGGUUUGUGCGAAACAUGAAGAUUUUGGGUCAUGAACCUGUAAGACUAAGACAUAGAUUUGAAUCAUUUCUAUCUGUCAGCAUGGACGUUUUAGAGGAGUUUUAAAUCGUUAACAGUAGUCAGCAAUGAAAAAAUACCACACACUUUGUCUAUUUUACAAUUUGUCGUCGGACAUCCGGAAAUCCCUUGAAGUAGCAACGCGCUUCUAUUUCUGCGCACUCGCCCGUAGUAUGAAAGUUGAAUUACAUACAAAUGUACACCAUGUACCCUGCUGGCAACAUGGCAGCUCGCAACAGCGGCAGCACUUGACAGCAGAAAUGUAAUGAAUCUUGGCAGAAAUACUGCAGCAACAAGCGUAACAGCAACAGGCAGAGUUACCAGAAUUAGCUGCGCAUUCUAGUCGGAGUGGCAAGGCAGGUGGAUAUCCGAUGACUGGUAAAGGGUCUUCAGCUACUGGGCCAGGCAGUAGCAGAGAUAUGCUAGAGCCACUGGCUCAACACCCGUAGCCACUCAAGGAGUCACAGGAAAUGUCACCUCAACACUAACAACCAAGCCAUCUCAUCUGUUUACCACUUCUGCCACCAUCUCUGAAGCCUCUGCAAUGGCUGAACCAAUAUGCUUCAUUCUUCUUGUGGACAAAGAAGUACAAGGCUCGGCAAGCGACUCGCUUUUAAAUCAGCGUCAUGCACCUUCUUCCAAGAGAAUUCUCAAAGGCUCCUUGCUUCAAGGUAACGAGGUGUUGCCAGGAGGAGGCCAGAGUUAUGGAGACGUAGUCAAAGGCAGUAAGAGGGCAGAUGCGAAACGAUUUGUAGUCAAACCGCUCAGUGGGGACAUGCAGUUUCAAUGCAGAAGCUGGGAAAUCGGCCGAAUCACAGUUCCAGAGAGGGAUCUUCUGCGAGCUAUUUCCACGAACUCAGAUCGUUUUAAUAUUUACCAGGAUGAGGACCUCAUACCGUAUGCAUUAGGCCUGAAGGAAGGGUCGUCGGUGAUAGUGAGACAUAGAAACGACAGCACCUCACCCUAUGAGGAAGUUGCUGCCCUCGUUCGGUACAUCGGACCAUUGUCUGAAACGGAAAUGGGAACAUAUUUUGGUUUGGAGCUGAUGGAUAAUGCUUAUAGAGGCCAAGGAACAUCAGAUGGUGUCUUUGGAAAGUGCCGUUACUUCCAGACAGAUCCUGAUUGUGCCGUCUUUGUGCCCAUCAGCAAACUGGUCCCACCGUCCACGUCGCAGGGAACCACUCAUUUGUACGAGAAUGUCCCACGAUCCAAACAGGAGCUGCCCAAUCAGCCAUCAGAACUGCCGAGUGUCGGGGAUAUUAUAAAGGGGACGACUGUAUACUUGCAAGUCGGUAACGGCACGAGAAGGGGAAGAGUGGUCUAUAUGAUUGUCCCGCAUAAGGAGACUGAGCCUUAUGCUGUCGUGGAAAUGCCCAAACAAGAGGGUGAUAUGAUGUGGAAUGGAAUACACAGGGGGUAUCGUGUGUUCACUCCUAGAAAUGAUGUCUUCACAACGUUUGUACCGGUCAACAAUUUGACAACACGUGCCCCCGAAGAAUACCAGGAUUUAUACACAGGAGCCAUCCCAAAGGAGCCAUCCCAAACUCCGCCUUCGAAGGCGAAAAACAAAGGAAAGAAAUCUUCAGAACCGUUCUGGGCAGCCAACGCCAAGCCACGCAAGACACCCUCUCCGUACGGUAGCAGCGAGAAGCUAGAUAAAAGAAGCCACAAGCCAUCUGGUGGCAGCCGUGAUGUGAGCGAUAACUAUAACCCAGAAUCGUUCUUUGCAGCCAACAACAAGCCACGUAAGACACCCUCUCCGUACGGUAGCAGCGAAAAGCUUGAUAAGGGAAGCCACAAUCCAUCUGGUGGCAAACGUGAUGUGAGCGAUAGCUUUUAUCCAGCAUCCCAAGCACGCAAGACAGAUAUGCAUCAGGAUUCAUCUGACGACCUCCAAUUUGCCUCAGGUCACGAAGGAAGCAAAUCCAAACGCAAGAGCUUUUCUGGAUUCGUGAACAAGAUGAAGAGCAAAUGGAGCAGUGGGGGCAAAGAUGAGGAAACUACCAAAACCUCCUGGUACACGGAGAACUACAACGGGCCGGGAGAUGUGGCUCGAGGAAGCUACCUAGACACAAAUUUUCUUGAGGAGGAUGUGGUUGAAGAAGUCGCGAAGACAAUUUACAAGGACUGGAGGACAGUUGGCUUUUCUCUAUAUCUGAGCAGAGAAGAAAUUGACAGAAUUGCAGCAGACUGUGAGACGGAGAAAGACCGCACAGCAGAAAUGCUCAGAGCCUGGCAGAGGAAAACAACUGGAUAUAAUAAUAUUUCCCGACUGGCUGAGGCUUGUCGGAGCUGUCACUUUGAUGAACUUGCCAAUAAAUUGGAACAAGGCUUGGACGAGACAUUGUUGUGCAAGAUAGCAUGUGGCAUACCCCCGGAGAAAGCCCGACCAUUUGGCACGUUCCUGAAUUUCUCCGAUGAGGAACUAGACUAUUUUGAUGCCAAGGCACCGCACACACUGGCCCGUGUGCGCUUCAUGCUGGCCAAAUGGCGGACCAGGCAGUCUCAUAACUCGGACAAGAUCAUGCUGCUGAGUAACACACUGCAGAGCUGUGGGCUCAGGCAGUUGGCGCUGGAGGUUGCCAGAGGCCUGGAUGACGACAUCAUGCUCUCGUUUGCCGUCCAAAUUGGCCAAGGCUGGAAGAAUCUUGCAAAGACUCUUCGUCUCGACGUCAAAGACAUCCAGCAGUUGGAGGAUUUCUCUGAGGACAAGCAGCCCUAUCAGAUGCUGAUGUUGUGGCGGAGGAGACAACAUCGCAGCGUGGAUGUGCUGGGUGCUCUGGCCAAGGGACUACGGGAGAGUGGACUCCUUGAUCUAGCAUACGGCCUCGUGCAAGGAGUCACUGAUGAAAUGCUCUACAAGCUAGCUAUGAUGAUAGGAGACAAGUGGGAGGUCAUCGCUCUGCAUCUGGGAUUCACUGAGGAGGAACUCGCGGAACUCAAAAGUGACAAGUUUUCUGAAACCACCACCACCAUCCUCAACAUGCUUACCAAAUGGAGGGAGCGCCAUGACUACACCAGGGACCGGUUUGGUUUCCUCAUGGAGGCACUGAGGGCUUGUGACUUGGGCAACCUCGCCGAGUCAAUGGAAGAAGAUAGACGUAGAGUGGAGCAGUCUAAGAAGGUUGCUCCUUGUGCAAAGACAGAAGAAUACCCUGGAUAUGCCAAAGACAAAGCUGCCGAUGACAAGGAGGAAGUCAAUCCAAUGAAGCAACUCCCAUCAGAGUACACCAGUUUCACCUUCCCCACCCUGCCUGAUGAGCCCCAGGACGAACCCCAGGACGAACCCUGUUACCCUGACCUCGAGGUCAACUCUAUGGUUGAGGUUAAGCCCUCAGACAAGACCCUGUUUGGGGUCAUACGCUGGAUAGGUGUGCCAGCAGUAAGCAAGAGUAACAAGCCUGUUGCCGGCAUUGAACUGGAGUCUUCGAUUGACUACGGAGCAACAGACGGCACUUUCAACAAGCAGCGCUACUUCCAGUGUGAGCCUAACAAGGCCAUAUUUGUCUACUUAUCCAAAUGCCGACCCGAUUCUCACGUCCUGUCUCAGGCGCAGACUUUCAGCUCGACGAAGUGCCAGACUAGCCAAGAUUUUGGGGGUUUUGCGUCGCCGUUAGUGGAGGGUUUCGUCGACCCCCCACUCCAUCUCAGACCGGAGUUCGUGGGCAUGCAGAAGGGCAUCCAGGGGGAUCAGAACUCUUGCUACCUGGACAGCACACUCUUCAGUAUGUUUGCCUACAACGGCGUCUUCGAUCCGCUCCUGCAACGCAUGCAGGGCCAGGGCGAUCUUCAGGAGUACGAGAAAGUCCAGAAGACUCUCAGAGAGAGCAUUGUCAACCCCUUGAGAAAGAAUGGCUUCGUUCGAGCUGAUCGUAUUCUUCAGCUGAGGGAGCACCUGGAUCAGUUAGGCACAACCAAGGGUCUCAUGAGUGAAGAGAAAGAUCCGGAAGAGUUCCUACAUACCUUGCUGUCAGAGGUCUUCAAGUCUCGACCCCUCCUGAAGAUCAGGCACGGGGCUAACGAAGAAGUGGAUGAGUCCAACAUUCAUCAGAUAUUCCUAGAGAAAGAUGAGUCCUUGACACUCCCGACGGUAGAGCAGCUAUUACUGCAGUCAUUUCAGGAACAUGACCUCAAACUAGUAGAGGCCCCGUCAUGCUUGAUUGUGCAGAUGCCAAGAUUUGGCAAAGACUACAAAAUGUACAAUCGCAUUUUGCCAUCGCUUCAGCUCGAUGUCACUAAUAUCAUUGAAGAAUAUCCCAGGCAGUGUUUAGUGUGCGGCAACCUGGCUGUCUUUGAGUGCAGUGAGUGCAAAACGGAGGAAGCUUUGGAAGAUACCACACUUAUCAAGAACUUCUGUGAAAACUGUUUCCUCAUGAUGCAUGGAGGCACCCAUCGAGAACACCACAAGCCCAGCUUCCUGACCGUCCCAGACCAUUUCCUGAAGGAAUUCUUCUCCAAGACAAUGGAGAAAGGUUUCUCGGAAUUGGUAGUGGACCAGCACCGUCAGAGACUACUGCCUACCAAGCUGAUGGACCUGUUUGCAGUCAUCUGCAUCCGGACCAGUCACUACGUAGCGUUUGUCAAAGCUGGAAGGGAGAAGGAUUCGGAAUGGGUGUUCUUUGACAGUAUGGCCGAUCGGCAGGGUGACCAGCAGGGUUAUUACAUCCCUCAGAUCACACUCCUCAAGGAUUUCCGGAAAUGGGUGGACGUGGAUCACAUCAAGGCCCGCAUCGAGGCCAAGCAACUGACUGAGAUUAUGGAGAGGUUACUGGGAGACGCAUACAUCUGCAUGUACUCAGAUAGCGAGCAAUGCCACCAGACUUACGUAUAACUGCCCCGUUGAUUGGUCAAUGAAUGAAUCUAGGCCCAAUCUAGGCCCAAUUUCAAGGCUCUGCCAACCACAGAAUUCCCCGCUUACGAUCACCAUUUCGCACUAACAGCGCUAGCCGAUAAAUUCUGCGCUCACCCUGUAAGCACAAAAUCCUUAUCUACGGGAUGUACGCAUGCGCAGAAGCCAAAAUUCCUCGCUUACCCGUGAAAUAUGCUGACUGUAAGCUUUGAAUUUUCUGCUACAGUAAGCGGAGUUUUUCCCCAGCGGUAAGCAGAGCCAAGAAAUCGGGUUAAGGUCACUGAAAUGUUACUGCAGUGUCUAAGGCCGGGAAGCAUUGCAAAUAAUUUGCUCCAGCUCAGAUAGGCUCAAAUUGCAGAAAUUUGGUUUGGAGUUUAGCAAAUGAUUGGCGUAAAGUGCAAGUUUUUUGAAGCUGUAAUUCUCUACUAGUUGUUCAAAUAAUGGACACAGUUUAGCAACCUAUCCAAGGACCUUUAUGUAAAUAUAGGGGAGCUGAAGGUGCUGCUACGUACUCAGCCAAUCACCUCGGUCGUUACUGCAGUUAACGGCUGGAUCAUCUUCCCCAAAAUCUGGGUAGGGCAUAAGUUAAAAGGGGAGGGGGGGGGGGGUGGGUUGACAUGAUACCCCCAUCCCCGCAUUCCCCCUCCUAGCUACACCACUGUAUUGUGGGAGUGCUGCAUAGGAACUGUUGAUGACACUGCGUGGCAUAUUUGCAACCAGUGAAGCAUACAUCUCAUAGGCGCAUGCAGUCACACACAACAUUUUCUCUAUAUAACUCAAUAUUACCCCUGUUCAGCAGGCCACACAAAAAAGUAGAUGUUUCAACAGUUUGGUAAUGUACAUUUAUAGCGUUCCACUCCCAUUGAUCUGAAACACUUUUUUUCUUAACUGACUUAAGAAUUGAAUUAAUGAAUCAAGUAAUCCACGUUUACAUUAUAGUUUGAAAUACUUGUAAUACUGAAAUACUUGAUAUUAUAUGUACUCAUUACAUUUCUUUACUUGUAAGUUACACAGAUUGCCUUGAAAAGAAAAUCGAGGAGUGCCAACUUAGGGCUGGAUACUUUUGUUGAUAGCAGUUGCAGUAUCCUACAAAUUAGUUUCAGAUCCACAUUUUGUCAGAACUUUAUGUUUUUGUGUUAAAAAGAUCUCACGUACAUGUACCUGUACAUGUAUUAUGCGUUGGUGGUGGUAUUGUUUUUGUUUUUCUUGAGUUAUUGGUGUAUUUGAUAGAGUUAAAGGUGAUACAUGAAAAGUGUCUUAGAAAUGCAAAUCUUUAUUACUGUAACGACCAUUGCUCACAUAUUGUUGGAUUUAUAUGUGUUUUUUUACCACAUUGAGAUUGGUCAAGUUGAGGUCAAGGGCCAAACUGGUUUUGAUGUUUCUGAUGGGUAAUCGGUUUUGUAUACUUUUAUCGGAUACUCAGACAAGGGAAACCUUCCCCCUUUAAUAUUUUCUUGGCUAUCAUCAUUUACAAAUAGCAGAAGUUGAUAGAAAACCUAAUUUUGAUACUUAUCAAAACAUGUACCGGUACGUUUAUUCUACUGAUUGUCCUGUUUUGAUGUUAAUUUUCUGUUUUUGUUUAGUUUUUGCUGUUGAAAUCGUAUUGUCCUGUUCCGUUGCCCUCCAUUCUUAUUUUGUCACUGUUCUGCUGAUUUUCUUGUCCAGGGAAAUGAAGCAUAAAUUCCGAUUCUGUUUGUGCUUUUAAAACCCUCCUGUACUUAUAACUUUCACAAACUGCCAAAUAAUCUAACGCCUACCUCAUCUGGGUAGCUUUUGUACAGGCUGGUCAACAACUGCCACAAAUCCCUCAGGAUUGCACCGUAUAACUGCCAAAACCUGUUUAAGUGGUUUGAUAGAUAGGGUGACUAUUAAUACUGGUACAGCUUGUGUUGCAGUAAUUUAACCUGUCAAUUGUACCAACAUGAAGCCAGUUUACAGACCUGUUCAAAACUGUAACCUGAUAGAUUUUGACUUGUUGGGUUACUCACUACAGAUUGUCACUAAGAGAGGGAGGGUAAUUAAUAUUGUCUCCUUUAAUUUUUUAAAAAUGUACCAGGUAAAGUUAUUCUAUAGAGCUUAUAUCAGUCAAAUAUCAUUUGUGUUGCAAUUGUAUGGAGAAAAAAACCAACAAACUACUGCCUCGGUUUAAAAUAUCAAUUAAGCUUUAUUUACAUAAGCAAGACAAUGUAGAGCAUAUUUACAAUUACUGAAAUGAGGUGGUGUAUGAAAUAGCUGACAAUGCUGCAAGAAAGAAUGAGUUUGGAGUUACAGUACUUACUUAAAGCAGAUGAGGAUAAAAAAUCAGUCAAUCACUACUGUAAACUGUUUCCUAAAAAAACUGCAUGAAAUUUAUCAAUAACUUUUUGUAUCUUGUCAUUAAAUGACAUUUUAAAAACUGUAUAAUUAUAUGAAAAUGUAUAAUUAACCCUCUUGCUGUCCCAGACAGGCAAACAAAACAAAUUAAACCAUUCUAGUGCAUACUUAUA